CUACUUUUAUCCUCUUCUUCCGCUUAUUUUAUACUGGUUUUUAGGACGUUGGAUCUUUACGUUAAUCUUUAUCGAGCAGAAUGAAAGGAAAUGUUGUGGGACAAAGAACUCCAAUUAGUGAUGGGCCCAUCUGAUGCUAAACUGGUUCCAUGGACCCAAGGGACCAAUUUGAACAGGCACGUGCCUGGGGUUCGCUGGCUUCACGCGUGUCUAUCCAAGCACCAGACGCGUUACUUGGUUGCCCGGGAAACGCAUCAUUUCGCCAUCUGUCACGGUCCGGUGUAGUGAUCCCUGUCGUGUAGCUGCGACACGGUCUAAUAUUUACUGCUCUCUAACGAUGGAGAACGCAUAUUGAUACACAUUUUUUAUUCCAGGCAUAAACAAACCGAGUGGGCGGAGUAAGCAGACAUAUCCGCCCACUGAAUGCGGACGAUUUGACACGCCCUUUAUUGCUACAACCCUUAUCUAAUGAUGGACUAAAGGUGAAUGUAACUUGACACUGAGAGUGUUUGGAGGAGAGAGUGAAAGUUUGACACUGACAUUGUUGGCCGAUCCGCACAGCUGAGGACAACUGGAAGUAGGUCAUUAUCUGAGUCAGUAUGAAUAGCCCCUUCAGUCCCAGACGAGAACCAGCACCUGACCUCUCCUGUCUGCUCCAGUACAACGAGUGGCUGGCAUGUAGGCAUGAAGCCAGUCUGCUGCCCAUGAAAGAAGAUCUGGCCAUCUGGCUAAACAGAAUCCUUGGUUUGGAUAUAACAGCUGAGAGUUUCAUGGACAGGCUGGACACCGGUGUAGUCUUAUGUCAGCUUGCAGAGGAGAUACAGGAGAAGAUGAUUCUGACCAGCAAUGAUGACAAGCCAUUUAUUCGCCGCGUGAUAAGGUGGCGGCCUGAUGCAACACCGGGAUCGUUCUUUGCUCGGGACAAUACAGCAAACUUUCUGUACUGGUGCCGUAAGAUUGGGGUGGCUCAGUCACAUCUUUUUGAAUCUGAAGAUCUUGUUCUUCAGAGGCAUCCCAGGGACGUUUGCUUGUGUCUCAUGCAGCUCGGGAGAAUUGCUUCAAGGUAUGGAAUUGAGCCUCCUGCACUUGUGAAGCUAGAGAAAGAGAUUGAAAAAGAGGAGGGUGGCUGUUUGUCACCAUCAAUGUUUUAUUCCUCACCUCUGUCCUCUCCAUCCACUCCACCUCUCUUCUUCCCAACUGAUCCAAACCCCCCUCCGGUCUCAACAUCGUCUCCUUUCCCCACACCCAUCUCUCCUGCCACACCACCUGCCUCGCCUCCUCUAGACCCACAUCCCUCUCCUCCUUUACUCGCUACCCCUCCCCCAGAUUUAAUCUCCCGGCCUUCCAGCAUCACUGACUUAAACACCCAGUCCAUACCACAGCCUGCAUCACCCUCUACACCAUCACCUGUCAGCACACCCAUCAAAUCUUUAUCAGCCACACCCACAAAAUACCUGGCAAAGUUUAAUGGAAAAAAGAAUACUGGUAACCUGCUGGAUGAUAUUGUAAGGCAGAUAUCAGAGGAUCCACCCUGCAAAUGUCCAGUCAAAUUCUGCGUCGAAAAACAGCCAAAAGGGCAUUAUCGUGUUGGAGACAAAGUUCUCUAUGUCAGGAUGUUGAAUGAUAAACAUGCCAUGGUUCGUGUCGGUGGUGGAUGGGAGAACUUUGGUACAUACUUGUUAAAGCAUGACCCCUGCCGGAUGACUGUGAUCGCCCGGCCCGGAAUCAAAGCCAGCAAGUCUAUUGGCAAAUCCCCAGUGAAGAGAGAGCUGUCCCGGGAUAGUUACAUGGUUGUAGGUAGUCACUCUCGCUUCAAGAAGUAACACUUUAAAAUGUUAUGGCAGGUUACACUGUGACAAAUCAGAUUAAAUAAAGAGUUGACUGGAUUUCUUAAAAGCCCAGGUGGCUUGAUCUUAUAUAAAACCUCAUAUUUCAUCUUUCCUUUAGUGUUUUAGGGUUUCAGUUGUAGAUAAAGAAGUUAACCCUUUAACUGGUGCAGCCCUUUUUGAGUGUGUGUGUGGGGGGGGUGAAAAGGUGAUGUACACCUUCAAAUUAAUAUAACUCAGGCUUUUUUGAUCUAGAAGCCUAAUUUUGGUCUUGUUUUAAAGAAGACACUUUUUUAUGGAAGUGUCUGGAGGUGAAAAUAUAUAUUUUUUAUAGCAGUUUACAUUUAUUUGUAAUAAAAAAGCAAUAUUAUUUUUAAUACAUAAAAUUAUCCAAAAACUGAGGUUUGUGUUGGUUUGCUGUGGGAUUUGCUGCAUGUCACAAAUAAAUAAAUUACAGUUACUGAAUUAUUAUUACUGCUAAAAGGUUUUGAAAUAUGAAAACUACAUUCUUAGACCUUUCCAACAAUAUAUAUACAUGCAAAACAUUGAAGUAAACUUACGUGUCCCGCUCACAGUUCAGUUAAGGGGUUAAAUAUUUUUGACUGUUAUUUUCAGGAGAUUUUAUAUAGGUUAGAUGUCAAAUAGAUUGAAAUAUUUUCUAUUAUUCACAGAUGAUUAGAUAUUGCCCACCCCACUCUUUUAAUGUGAAACUAUGCAAAUGAUAAAGGGCAGGAUCUCUAAUAUUGAAAGAUAACUGGGAAGUCAAUGUGAUCUAUUUGUUUUAUU